GGUUGCUGGGGUAACAAAUGUAUCCCAUCAUGCAAAGAAAUUCCCGGAUAUUGCUCCUUUGAACCGCGCACGGCGCUGGUUCUGAUCUGUGAGCUGCAACAAAGCUUUUUGGCGAUGGACGGCGAGGGUUUGGUGGUAGAAGAUGAAAAUCCAUUUAAGAGCCCGGAGAAGAAAAGGAGAUUCACCUCCUUCCAGAGCAGCUGGAAGUCAUCCUUCGAUUGGAUCGCAGAGAGCAGGCGUGGGCCCCAGCAUGUGACCUGCAAGAUCUGCGGCUGCGAUUUCACCAUCAGCCACGGAGGACGGCACGACAUACAGCGGCACGCCUCCUCCGAGAAGCACCGGCAGAACAGUAAACACGUCUUAUACGUUAGGUCCACGCAGGGCCAUGACGAGCAGAAUAGCUGUGCUACAAAGGUCACUGCAGCGGAGACUGCAUUCGUCUCCAUGAUCGCCGAACACAACUUGUCUUUUACCUGCGGGGAGCACAUCCUCAAGUUCAUUAAAAAGCACUGCGCGGAUCCGGAAGUGGUGAAGAAAAUCAGUUGUGGGGGCACCAAGGCCGCCUGCAUAGCCAGGGAUGUAAUGGGACCAAAGUAUCAAAACGACAUCGUGGCCAUGUGCAGAAAGCUGCCGUUCUGCAUCUACCUGGACAAGAACAUGGACUGGGGCGAGGAGAAGCUGCUGGUGAUCCUCGUGGGGUUUUUUGACGUAGACCUUGAGAAGAACGUCAUCCGCUUUCUGGACAUGCCCCGGUGCGUUUCAGAGACCAGCCAGGCCGUGUUUGACUGCUUGAUGGAAACGAUGAGGAAGUUCAACGUGCCUGCUGGAAAUCUGGUAGCCUUCUCGUCGGAAAAUGACGCUUCGAUGAUAGGCACUGAGGACUCCGUGCUGUCAAGGCUGAAGUCAGUAAGCCCAGGCAUUGUGAACUUGGGAGGGGUCUGUCACCUGGCAGAGAUUUGCAGCAACGCUGGGGUCGAGGCUUUGUCUGCACCAUUAGCUGAACUUGUUUCUGACAUUCACAGCUAUUUUUCUUCCAGCGCACACAAGCAACACCAGCUGAAGACCCUUGGUGUUCUUGUUGAUCUGGAGUUACUUAAAACAAUAAAGUGCGCUCCUGUUCGAUGGCUGCACCUGAGUAAAGUGAUUAAACAUGUGUCAGACUUGUGGCCUGCUCUCCUGCCCUAUUUUAUAAACUGUGAGUCUCGGGCCUCCAAAGUGGAACUGAUCAGCGAGCGACUGCAGAACCAGGAGCUCCGACUGGUGUUUCUGUACCUCCAGUUUGCUUUGCAGCCCCUCUGCCAAUUCCACAGCAAACUGCAGAACAGAGACAGCCGGCUUGUGACUCUGCACGAAGAUGUAAACCGAAUCAUCCAGCUGUAUGCCGAGAGGCUCCUGAAGCCUGAAGCGGCCGCAAAGUUUCUUGCGGAAAGAGAUCUUUCCCUGUUGGACGAUGCGGACGGCUUGCUGCAGAACGAGGCGAUGCAUCUUGGGUCUGAAGUCGGAGAGUACCUGAGAGUGCAUGCUGGCAGCCUCACCGACACAGACACUGUGAAGAACAUCUACAAAAAAGCAGCUCUGUUUUGCACAGCCGUUUUGAAAAAGAUGUUGCAGAAUUCUGCAGAGCAUUAUUCUCUGCUGAAGAAUGCAGGAGUGUUUUUGAACCCUGAUUCGAAACUGAAGCUGUCUGGGAAACUGGCACUGCACCUGGCAUCUCAGGUGGGAAUGUGCCUGACUGGAGAGCAAGAAUAUCAGCUGCUGGAUGAGUUCUCGGUGUACCAGCUUUCAGAUACUAUAGACGUGAAAACGGAAAGCAAUCCUCAUGUAAAUGACACCAACGUGUGUGUUGUCAAGUACUGGGGCACUGUUCUUAAACAGAUGUGCAGAAGCGAAGGAGAGCUGCCCAUCUUCAAGAAGCUGAUGCUGGUCUUGCUGUGUCUGCCUCACUCGCAUGCCGAACCCCAGCGUGCUUUCAGCAUCGUCCAAAAAGUGAAAGCAGAAGUGCGCCACUGUCUCACCCUUAAAGCUUUGAUUGGACUUUUAUCCAUAAAAAUGAAUGAAGAUAGAGAAUGCUUUGAGGUCCAGUAUCCUACAGAGAUCCUGGAAGCUGCAAAGAAGGCAACUUCUGUGUACAAUAAAGAACAUAAAUCUCUGAAGUAGACAUGCUGCUGUUGACAGUCGCCUAAACUGCUCUCAGUUGAACGUGGGGCACAUGCUGUUACGAAACUAACAGUAUUAUAUACAUUAAUACUAAACUAUUUGAGUUUCCAGUCCAUGUUCCACAAUCCAUAAACAUAAUAAUAUGGUGCCUUUGUGAGUUCCGUGCAAAACAUCCCUAUGAAGGUAGUUGUUUCCGUAGGGUUUUGUUGGUCGUUCAUCACUAUAUGUUGAUGUAUCAAAGUUGUAAAACAGACCAGCUUGCCAGAAAACACAACUGCUUCACGUGCAAAAGUAAACGAUACCAGUAACCUGGCAUAGCUACACUGCCUUGUGAUUGGGGGUGUGGAAACUCUUUAUUAUUAGAUAUGUCUGUAAACUGACAGACUGGCUACAAAACAAAGAUAGCUUGUUUAUUAGUUUUCCCCCUUGAUACAUUUACAUUUAAACCUGUGUUUUUCAAGCAAAUUGAUAAAGGUUAAGUCUACAGUAAGUACAGUAUAUAUUCUACACUUCUUGGCUACAGUAUUGAUUUUGCAUUGUAACCCUCGAAGGGUACAUAAGGACCUUUUUAUUUUAUUCACAUAUGUAACACAUGGAUUUACCAGUGAGCAGGAGGGUGAUGGGAAAUGUAGUUCUGGGUCCAUGCGGGUACAUGAGAAACCAGCUUGAGGCAGGGAAUGCAAUUUAAAAGUUUUAAGGCGGUCAAAAUGUAAAAGAAAAAAGAAAACAUUUAAAACAAUACACACCUUUAGUAAACAGUUGUAGCAACACAUGGGAACAUGCAACACAAGAAAAUAAAAAUGUCCUUAUGUACCCUUUAACUGACCUGUAACACCUUGAAUAAAGGCAUCUGCCAAAUAAUUAAAUAAUAAUAAUAAUAAUAAUAUUGGCAGUUGGGGUUAUUGGUUAGGUAAAGCAGGUAUAAUGAACUAAAGUUAUUAAAAUGCACAAAGGAACCACUACCAUGCAUGCUGUUAAUACCUGUAGAAAACAAAUACAAUUAAAUUGAGUAUGUAUUAUGUGCCCCUCCAGAAUAGAGAGAUGAGUAUCCACACCCUGCAAUACAGUCAUUUGUCAGAUCUAUUGGGAAAUAGUUUUCCACUUCAGUAUUAUACAGUUGUAUAUUAUGAAACAAACAUAAAACUGUUGACCAAGAUACUUGUUAACAGAUGAGGGGAUUACUCAAGGCAUAUUAAACUCUUAAGUGCUUAUUGUACUGUAUAUGGUUGAGUUUAUUACCUUUGUGAGUAAACCCUAUGCUCUAGUAGAGUUAAGAUAGGAGUCAGCUUUCACUAGAUAGCAGUGUCAUGGUCUCGUACAUUAAGCCUGGAUUAAGGACUGCUUGGUUUUCUGUCCUCUGGAAAUACCUUUACCAUUGCAUAGCAGUUGGAGACACUCACUGUCUUUGAGGUCA